AUGUGUUUUAGGGAGCCGCCAGUUCGAAAGCAUUUGAAAAACGUCUACAGCUGCCUUAGUCUUUCUACCCUAACAGCUGCAGUAGGUGUAUAUAUUCAUUUGUAUACACAUUUAUUACGUGCUGGAAUAUUAACGUCACUGGGAGCAAUAGGAUUAAUUAUAAUUUUGUUGAAUACAUCCGAUAAUGGAAAAAACCAACAUUUGCGCUUAGUAUGUCUUCUAGGAUUUGCAUUUCUUUCUGGUCUAGGGAUAUGCCCCCUUUUGGAAAUGGUUAUUCUUAUCAAUCCGAGCAUUAUUGUUUCAGCGUUAGUUGGUACAAGUGUGAUAUUUGUUUCAUUCACUAUUUCUGCAUUAUUAUCUAAAAGGGGUCAAUGGUUAUACCUUGGUGGAAUUUUAAUCAGUAUUUUGAACACCAUGUUACUAUCAACUUUUAUAAAUUUUUUUUUCAAUUGGACCAUAAUAAGUCAAGUACAACUUUAUAUUGGACUUUUAGUAAUGAGUGCAUUUGUUAUUUAUGAUACACAAGUUAUCAUUCAGAAGAGCAGAAUGGGCAAUAAAGAUUAUGUUAUUCACUCACUAGAUUUGUUUCUUGACUUUAUUAAUAUAUUUAGAUAUUUAAUCAUCAUUCUCACGCAAAAGGAACAAAAGAAUAAUAAACGUAAAGAAUAGGGUACUGCGAGACAUUUAAAAUAGAAAUAAAGGAUAUCAUCUUUCUUUCAAGACGAACACUGUACACGUCGUAAGAAUAUAUUUUACAAGGAUAUACAUUGUGGGCUUAAAUAAACGUAAAACGCAUUUACGUGUAUACGUAAUGAUUGUUGUGCAUAAUUAUGAUGUCAUUUAAUAUUUAUUAUAAUUAUAAUGAGUAAAAUAAAGCUGUGAAACAAAA